AAGUGGAGAAGCCACUGUUAAAUGGGCUGCAGUCUACAGCAGUGUUGACUUUACAGACAUUAAAACAAACCCUCUGAAACUCCAAAACUACCUGCCAGUAAUGAGAAGUACUGCAUGGCAGAAAGACAGUACAAUGAGGUGGAGGAGGCUGAGCAGGUGUACCUGCUGAUGAAAGAGGAGUACAGGAUAUCACGCAAUGUGCGUCUGUCCUGGUUUCUCAACAGACUCAAUCAGGUCAUUCGGCCCUGUCCACAAUCUGAGCUGCUCAAGUCAGAGAAUGAGUUGGAUAUUUUGAGCAUCCUCCCGAAAGGAUGGCAGCCCGAUUCUCCUCCCUCAUCCUGCUCAUGUCUGCUGGUUCCCUCCACACGCGUGACCUUCCUGGCUCGUCGGUACCGCUUCAUCAUCGAGCUGGACCUCAGCCCAUCCACUGGGAUUGUGGAUGACAGCACUGGAGAGAUGAUUUUUGAUGAAGUCUUCCAUGCUUUGUCUCGGUGUUUGGCUGGACUGGCGAGACCCUGUAAAGUUCCAGGAACUGAUCAUGAGUUUCGGCCAGAGAUCUUCAUCACCAUUCUAGCAUAUUCCUCCAUCAUUGGCCUUUGUUCACACCAGGUGUUGGUUCAGGGCUGUCAGCUGCACUGUAUGGAUCUGGAUCAGUUUCUUCAUCAGAUCUAUCAGCAGUUGAGAGCCAUGGAGAGCAACAUUGCUGAAGUUCUACAGCAGCAGCACAAUCAGUUGAAUGGUUCUCUGUAUCAGUCCUUCUCUAAUGAUGUUGUGGAGGAGGUGCCUCAGAGGAAGCCGGUGGUUUCCAUGGUGACAGCAGAUGUUGGGCUGGUCAGUAUGGUGAGGCAGGGGAUCCUGGCACUACAACUACUGCCUCCAAACUCGGGUGCAGGUAUAAUAAUCAUCACAGAUGGAGUGAUGAGUGUUCCUGAUGUAGCAGUUUGUGAAACUCUGCUGAACCAGUUAAGAAGUGGAACCAUCACCUGUUCUUUUGUCCAGGUGGGGGGAGCAUACUCAUAUGACUGUAGUUUUGGCUACAUCCCCAAUGUGGAACUUAUGAAGUUCAUCUCCAUGGCAACCUUUGGCUCGUACCUGUCCAGCUGUCCAGAGCCCGACUGUACAGGCCAGGAGAUGAACGCUUACCAUCGUGCCUUCCUCACGUACUCCUUCCUGAGGACAGGCGAGUCCAUGAACCCGGAGUACUACUGCUUCUCUCAGCACCGGCUGUUUAAUGAGCACCUGGUGUCAGCCAGUGGAAAUCCUGCAUUAGUGAUGCGCAGGAAGAAACACACAGAGAAGGAAGUUCACGCUGAUUUAAUCAGUGUUCUGUCCAUCAGACUGAGAGAAGGGUACACCAUACGAGAGAUUAACAUCACUAAAGGAGGAACUCAGUUGGAGUUGAAGUUGGUUCUCCUCUGGAAGCACAACAUGCGCAUUGAGUAUCUUGCAAUGGCGUCAUGGCCACUGGAUCCCGCCAAACGCACCACUUGGGUGGAGGUGACCAUAGAGGGCAGUUACGACAUCCUGCAUGACAUCAGCUGCACCAUGAGAAAGCCAAUCACGAGCCCUUACCGUAUGUCUGUCAUCCGACGCUUCUGGAACACUCUGCAGAGUAUAAAUCAGACAGAUCAGAUGUUGGUGCACCUGCAGUCCUUUAAUUCAAUCCCAGAACACUACACUAUUCCUGAAAGCACUAAAAAUGGAGUUCCUUUGUUUUAUAUUCCACCUGGAUCCACCACACCGGUCCUCUCUCUCCAGCACAGUGGCUCUAAAGACUCCAGCCAAUCACAGUUCGCCUCCUACUGGAAGCCAAUCCUGUCUAUGGAUGCCAACUUUUGGCAGCGCUGGCUGCACAUGCAUCGCAUUGCUAUCAUUUUGGAACAUGACAUCCCAGUCCCAAAACAUGUGCACAACGCUGGCUGUAAUGGACGAUUCAGUACCAUCCAGUGUCGAAUCUCUCACUCUGCGCUCACCUCACUGCUGAGAGCCUGGAGCAGUUUUGUCCUGGUGGAGGGGUAUUCAUACAUCAAACUCAUAUACAGUGCCUCUGAGUUGCCGCCUAUCUCCUUCUAUCUGGUGCGUCUGAUCUCUAAACCUCCCUGUAUGGUGCUGAGACUGGGCUUCCCCAUAGGAACUCUGGCACACACCAGAAACAAGAUUGUGGAUGAACUUCGAGAGCAGAUUCUACAGCUGCGGUUUCCUCAUCGAGUCCAGAAUAAGGAGGCCACACCAAAGAUAAAACGCAAGAUUCUGGGUAACGCGUCACCCUCUAAGUCCCCGCCUCUUCCUGCGCCUAAUCCUGCACUGUCCGACCGGCCGUGUGUCGUAGUGCACAACAAACCUCUUGAAAAACUACUGAUCAGGUACGAGAAGCUUCCAUCGGAUUUCUGCACACCUUUUAUCUUAAACAUGGAGCCAUUUGCUCAGCCACUCAACAUGGGCGCCCCUCUCAGUAUGGCCGCCAGCCGUACAGCUUCCUCCACUGUGGCGUCACUCUCCCGAUACUUCCUGCACCAGCGCUGGGUUUGGGCCGUGCAGAAUGGACCAGGAACUGCUGUAUCCCUGCAGGCUGUUGCUCACAUUCUGUCCAUGCUCUCUGAGAUUCGUAUAUCUGAGGGCUUCCAUUUUGCAGCAAGUGGCGAGGGUAUCGUCAGCAUGGUCACUGAACUACCAAUGCAGAGUCUGCCCACUCAUUUGGACCGAAAAAACCAUACCUGCAUUGUCCAGUACAUCCUGUUUCCACCACACUCUACUUCCACCAAGGACAGUUUCUCCACAGAUGAUGAUAAUGACACUGAAGUGGAGGCGAUAGAUGUGGACACAGAACUCAGUUUGGUGACAGAGUGUUGGGUGGAGCCACAGAGUGGGGCAGUCUGCAGUUCACUGGACCAGCACCGACACUUUCAGAACCUCACCUACCAGGAGAUCCCUCAGGCUAUUUUUCCACGUGACGUGUCGUGUAUGUCAACGAUGGUUACGUUUGAAUACCUCAUUCAGCUGUGUCAGAAUAAAGAGCAGGUGUGCCCACUCAAAAGGGUCAGCGAUGCUCCAGACGAGGUCACCACCACUCCUGCAGAUGACUGCAUACACACUGUGCCUUUCCAGUUUGACCUAUUGAAGCUCCUGCCAAAGUGCCAACAGAUAGAGCUCUUCUUUUACACCUUCAGUCGGGAGGAGCAUACGGAUUCGACCUGUAGCGCCUCCUCUUUGCCCAAUGACCUCCUCCUCAGUCUCUUCCACAGUUCACUGCAGAACGAACUCAGCGACCGAGAGAUCCCAUUGGCUGAUGGGGAUCAUGUGGCGUUCAUGCAUCACAUUCUGGAGCGGGAGAGAGAUGGUCAUGUGGCUCCAUUUUCACUCCCUGUCAUUAAAGAGGAGUGUUUGAAGCCUCCAGAGCGGCAGGAGACUGUUCUGUCUUUCCACACUAUAAGCAUCAGUAAAGAGGUGACAGGCUCGUCCAGCACACUACAGAGUUUCAGUAAUGCAGAUCUUGCGGAUGAUGAGUCUGCUGGCGUGGAGACAGAUGAAGCGUCUCCUCACUGGAAAUGUUACGUCAAAUACAUCAGUCAUCAACAGAUCCUGCUAACCUUCCUGCCAGCUACAUUUACAGAUGUGCAGCUUUUGACGUCUUCUGGACUGGAAACUGAACCUCCAAUCAGCAUCAGUCUGCAGGAAGAGGAGGAGACCUGCAGUCAUGGCAAUGGCCAAUCACAGACUGAGUCCAUCAGCAGCUUCGCUAAUGGUCCAGAAGAUGUGGGACGUGCUGCUGAUUUUAGGAUAAGUGAACAUGGAAAAGAUGUUAAAAGCCACUCGCUGUCUAAAGAGGAGUCUACAUUAGAGCCAGACACGAUGCUGGAGAUACCUACAGAACAAAGCAACAUCAAUACAAGUGCAACAGAAUUCGCAGUUUCAGAGGAGAAGGACGGAGUGCAGUUUAUGGAGCCCCAGAAGCGAGACUGCCACAUCACAUUCAGCAGACAGGUGUCUCAGCAGAGCAGCUGUAAUGCAGCUCGACCCUGCUGUCCCAUCUAUAUCUACAACUGCUCGCUGGCGUCGCUCAAAGACCAGCUUGUUCAUCCACAAACAGGACACCAGCCAAAAGACGUCUUCUACAGACCUCAAGAGACAGAUUGCUGGGAGUUCAGUCAGCAGUCCAGAUACAGGUCUAUCUCUCAAGAGCGCAGUAGCUCCUCCUCCUGGACAGAACUCAUGGCGCACCCUCACAAACACAAAGAACUGGCUAACUACUGCAGUCUCCUACAGGAACACUACUACCAGAGCUAUGUCAGAGGUGUUUAUCGCAGUCUGCAGCAGUCAUAUAGUGUGAGUUCACAGGACAUUCUGACUGCCAUGGACUACUGCGAAGAGUCGCUACAGGAGAUUGACAUCACUUCCUUCCUGCAGACCCUGUGUGGACACAUACGAGUGUUCCGCGAGCACCAUGAGCUUCACGGCUGCGUCAAUGUAAGCAAGUCCAGCAAUGGUCCCGCAACCUUCCUCAUAGGCGAGGGAGAGGAUGAUGCAGCUGAUAGAGCCACACUUGUGCCUUCAUCCAGUGUUGAGUUAGAGGAUGUGAGUGAAGCUGAUUCUAGAGGAAAACUGUCUGUCCCGACUUCACCUUUGAACCUGCAUGAACCCAAGUCUCCUAAAAUCCUAGAAUUCCCUCUGUCUCUGCUCCAGUCCCAGCAGAAGUGUGAGGUGAACCCUGAUUUACACAAAAUCAUACAGGACAAGUUCAUGGAAAUUGGUGCCCAGUAUUUCAAAACCGUACCUUCCAACCCACAUUAUUUCUUUUAUUGUCCUCCGUCUUCCAAAAAAGAGGAGGACACAGACAGAGAGAGAGAGAGGAAAGCCAGUGAAGAGUGUGAGGUUUCUGAAGCUGAACUGGCUACAGAGGAUGAGAACAUGUCCGGCUGCUGUAUCGUCACAGAGAGUGACAUGGAUCUGGAAGUGGAGUAUCAGGAAUGUGGGAAUGGGAAAGCAGAGACUAGAGAACAGGAAGCUGGUGAGGGUGAGUCUUCGUCAGACUCCAACACGAUGAACCAGGAUGAAGAUUUCUUCAGCAUUCUGGAUGGUGACUCACUGCUGGACACUGAAGGUGCACAGCCGGAGAUGCCCCCUCUGUUUGUGCACCUCACCUGCUCAGUCAACAUGAAGAGUUGCCACGGCUCAAUGCCAACGCAAACACUGCCAACCUGUCUGGGUGAAGUCAUCACCUGUUUGGAGAAUGCAGAGAAUCUUCAGUCAGUGGAUCUGAAUGAUUUAUCAGUCACUCUUGAUAUCUUUGUGCUCACGUUACCUGUGGAGAUAGAAGUCUUGGCCCCUGACUUCUGCCACAACCGGUACACAUCUGAGAGCAGCAUGUCUCUGAAUCGCUCGCCCGGACAGCCCUCAUCCUACCGCUCUGACGAAGAGCUCAUGGGAAAUUUAGACGGCCUGCGGGGGGGUGGUGAGGAAAGUAUGUCUGGCGAUCUGCUGUCCAAACUUCCUGUUCCUCACAAAAUGGCUGUUUUAGCCACAAUGGAUGAGAUCCGUUGGCUAUUGGAGGAUGAGAUCGUCUCCGCUCUACGACACUCUUCUGUGAUCAACUCAUCCACCCUCCAGAAAGUGUCCAAGCAUGUGUGCCGCUCCAGCCGCCCGCAGUGCCACUGUGAGGUUGUUCCUCUGCAGUUUGUGUUUGGCCCUGAACAGUCAUUGGAAAAGUUUCAAGAGGAGUUCAGGAGGUUAUCAUUCCCCGGUUACCUACUCAACACAGAGCAAGACAACUUCCACUAUGUGUCGCUCAGUCGGCAGCAGUCUCACAGGAUCCAGGCAGCCAGACAGCUGACUCACAUCACAGCAGGAUGCUCAACAGGGACAGGAGGGACCGCUCAGCAAACCAAUGUCUGUCCUAAGGUGGAUGAUGGUUCCAAAGUAUCAUCAAACCUCUGCACAUCUGACAAAGGACCAGACAGUGACGGGGAAUCAAAGAAAAAGGAUCCAGACACCGAUGUUGAGCGAGACAUGCACCAGGAAGGUGAUGGUGAGCACGGACAACCCAAGGUGGCUGACUUCACCAGUGAAUCUCUCUCGGAGACCUUUGACCCUGGUCAGAUCAGACAGACUGAAGCAGGUGAGACUCGAUCUCAGAGCGCAGUCAGCAGCACUGCUCACCUGCAGAUGGGCAGCAGCACAGAGCAUCCGUCUGAUUACACGUCACCUCCUAAAACACCCUCCGCUGCCAGUCUGGCCGAAUCCAUGCAGUCCACCACACACAGCAGCGGUAAACUGCGGCCCAGUCGAGUUCAGAGCGUCGUCUCCAGUCAGGGCAGUCUUGACUCAGACAUGCUGGGUUACGAUGGAGGCAGCAGUGAUUCUGAGUGUGACGGACCCACCAUGAAUGAGCAGGAGAGACUGACGCCCCUUAUGCCUGAUUUCUGGCUCAUCAUCAGGAUUCAUCAAGACAGAGUAGAGGUGUUCUCCCACUCCAGAAGCUUAAACAGAGAGAAAGAAGAGGAAGAGGAGGAGAUCCCAGAAUAUCUGCGUCUCCAUCAGCUGGUCGUAAGGAGGAUCGGAGAAAUGUGCAGAAUAGUUAACCAGCGCCUCCUACUGCAGGACCUGCAUGACAGUCAUGUAUGUCACUCUCUCCUGGUGGCCGAGAGUGAAGAAGACAUCUGGAAACACGAGUCACUCUACAGGCCCAGGAAGACCAACUCUGACGACUACAACGCCGAUGAGACCUGUCAGCCACGGGACUAUCUCGCUGCCACUAUGCAGUUCAUACCGGGGUAUUUUGCCUGUGACGUGGUUUGGAAUACCAUUAUUUAUAUUCACCCACGCCUCAAAAUGGGGCCCAAUAUGGGUGUGUCCCGGGCUAUCCAGGCUCUGCGCUCAGUUCUAAAUGCCUUUUGUGUGGUUAAUCGUAAAAACAUGUUUGUGUAUCAGGAGCGCACCACCAAAUCUGUGUUCUAUCUCCGAUUCUCAGAGACUUCUCAGACAGGGAAGUACAGUAAUCUGGACGGAAACAUGCACGUGUCUCGCUCUGUGGGUCUGGAACGCAGUCAGGAGCCGCUGGGCUUCGAUGACCUCACGGGUUCACGCUCGUCUCUGGAAGGCUCAAGGCCAGUUGGACAGGUGGACAAACACAUUUUACUGCUGGUACAUGGAGUGGGGACUGCAGGUCCAGAGAUCACAGAUGAGUUAGUGAAGGUCCUGAGGAAGCGUUUGGAUGAGGCUACACUGGACAUUAUCACUGUCAUGCUGGUCAGGAACUGUAAACUGACUCCUGCCGAUGUGGAGUUCAUUCAGCCUCCUGAUUCUCCGGCUGCAGAAGUGAUGGAGUUUUGUCUGCCUCAGUACUGUGUGCCAUGGAUUCAGGCUGUUGCUCACUACCUCCGUCAGAACCUCCUCAUCUUCCUGCACAUCCCCAAAUACACUGACAGUAACGGCGAGCACCACUUUAAGCACUACUUUCAUUUAAGCAGUGAGCUGCCUGAUCAUGAUAUCUACCUCUAUAAUAAACCAGGAGGACAGGGCACUGGAGGCAAAGGUAUCGCCUGCAUCGCGCUGUCAUUCGUGGAUGCUAAAGGCUGCCCACUCCAGGUUCCAGCUCAGGACAGCAGCACUUCAGUUCCCAGAGGAGACGUCUCCACAAUCUCCCUCCAGCAGGACCAAUUUGAGGCCUUGACGACUGUUGUCAAGGUGGACUCAUCCAAUCAGAGCUCAGGUGCAGCUAUGCAUGUGCGCUUUGACGUGUGGGAGCAGGGUAACAUCAGCCCACUGCAGCUGAUGGACAGACUGAGGGCUGCCCUACAACACGCCCUCUGUGAUGUCGUCAUGGAGAUGCACGUGCUGCCCAACCCAUUGUGUUUGGAAACCUUUUGCCUGUCUACUGCCGCCCAACGAGACGAGAGUACAGUUUCCCUCAGUCUUCUGCAGUCAGACAGUAAAGAGGUAAAGGAAAGUCUUCGCCAGUCCGGUGGCGCACACACGGUCAAAAGCAACCCCACUCCCAUCACCCUGAUUUCCGCCCCCAGUUCCACCCCAGCUACUGGAAGCAGCACGCCCGAAUCCACCACACCCACUGGCAAAACCACCCGCCGCAGUUUCUGGGAGUUAUUGAGUAAACCAGAAACCUCUGAGCUUAGCAGUCUGAAGACGACAGAUGACAUCAUACCGGAGCGAGAAGAAGACAGCCGAAUGGGCAGACGGAGACACAAGACAGAGAAUGUUAAACAGCAGUGGAACCAUGAGAAAGCCAUGGCAGUGGAGCAAGAGCAGGCCCAGAGGAGACAUGCAGCCCACCUGGAGGAAGGAGAUACAGGCACUCUUCACCCUGUUUACCAGACCACAUACCUGCCCUGGGUCACCUUCAUGAACAAACUGAAUUGUCCGUCUGUGCAGCAUUGUGCAGCUGAAAUCAGCCAUCAUUUCCUGCUGCCCUCCAUCCUCACAGAAAUUGUUAAUCUGGUCAGUUCACUGGCCAAUGACACCACAGUCAAAGUGUUUGAAAGAACCAGCUGUCCUCAGGGAGACAUCUUCAGCCCGCUGUCAAUCAUCCAACACAUUAGCCAACCACCUGCCACCACUAGGAGCUUCAUUCUGAUUGGUCGCAACUUUAGCCAAUGGCAUUGUAGCUCAGAACAAGCUCAUAAGGGUCUGCAGCGAUUUGAGGCUUUGGAGCACAGUGAUUGGCUGAGCCCAGGACAGGCCGUGAGGGGCGUGGCUCCACGUCAGCGCUUCCUCUACAUACACAUGGUUAAUAAGAAGGUGACUAUGUACACGUAUAACUGGUCAGUGGAUCUGGGAAGCUCUCUGAAUCAAGGUCUGGUCAGACUGGUACACUGGCACAAUGCUCGUGCUCAUGUGGUCAACUGCCUCCUGAGUCAAAAGAUGGGCCUGUUUCAUCAUUACUGCUUCUCUGAUACACCUGCACACGAUGAGCUAAAACAGGAGCCCAACCCCUUCCUCAAUUCCACUUCUGAGGCAGAUGCUCUGUUGAGGAGUCCGGUUCCUCCGGUUGUGAGUAAGGAUCAGGGUCGGUUGGGCAGUUCUGCUCGUAGUCUUCCUCCUCUGGCAUUCCCUGGAGAACUCGUGCCCUUUGAUGAAGCUCUAAGAGAUGUGAACACAGUGAGACCAUUAGCCAAUCAGGACGGAGCUGAUAUAGUUGCUUGGCAUGGAGCCCAGCUUCUGGAGGUCAAAUCAGCCGAGCGCAGAGAGUUGGAGAGACAGAUGAAGAUUGAGAACCUGUUUGUAACAUGGCAGCAGCGUUCUGCUCAGUCCAACAUGCCUAUCUCUGUAGCAGAUCUGGACACACUGAAGCUGUCCUCUCGACUGGCCCAUUACUGCGCCACACCACUGCUCUUUGACCCUGUGUUCCGGAAACAGAUUCAAGAGGAACAGAUUGUCCAGCCACAGUUGAAGAAGAGGCAUCGCUCCAGCGACUCCACCGUGUCAGGCAGGGAUCGCAGCCAUAGCACAGAUUCCGCAGACAUGCUGCCCAGCAGACUGAAGAAUGAGCCGUGGCUGCAGGACAUCUCCAACACAUUCCUGCAGCAGUAUGUGCAGUAUCUGCAGAGCAUGGGCUUCAUCCUGGUGCAGGUCCGGCCGCAGUCACCCGCCCGCAGUAUCGCACGAGCUCGUGCCACCUUGUUGAAUUCUUUGUCCACUGAAGGCAGAUCUUCAUUCUCCUCUUUCUCAUAUAAUAAACAGAAGAGUGAGGACAGCCCAAAGCAGAGCAGCAGUGGCUCGAGCUCGACAUCAUAUCACCUGCAGAGGGCACUACCAGGGGGCAUUGUGCUGAUGGAACUGGCUUUUCAAGGCUGUUAUUUCUGUGUGAAGCAGUUUGCAUUAGAAUGCUCAAGAAUUCCCAUGGGUCAAACGGUCAAUUCACAGGAUUCUCUUCUCAACAAACCUCCUAGCAAGCCGUUCCCGGAGACGCCCACAGGCUCUGACUCUGCGCUGUCCAUGCUGUUCACCGAGGAGUGUGAUAAGGUUUGUGAUCUGAUGCACGUUCACUCAUUCAGCUACGACUUCCACCUACGUGUGGUGCAUCAAUACCUGCUGGGGUGUCACAUGACCUUGCGGCAGGGUUACCAGCUCACCAGCUUCCUGGAGGACUUCAUCGCUCAUCAUCCAGAUAUUCCUAAAUUUGGCCACAACCACGUAUUCCAGGGGAGUUUCUCCAUAUCAACGGGGAUGAUUACAGCACACCAGCUGUAUAAUUACAUCACUGAUCACGCUGGAACUUAUGGUAUGAAACCUCUGCGCAUGUCUAAAGCUGCAGUUACAACUGACAACAAAAAGGGGGCGUCAAGCACAGACCUGCACGUGUAUGCGCUGGUAGCUCUGUGGAACAGCUCUGGCUCAUUCAAAGACAUGGAUGGGCUACGACACCAUGAUGACUUUGACGUGUCGAUGCUGGUGUGUCAUAAUGCUGCUCCGUUUGAGGAGCAGUCUGAAGGAGAGCGACACCUGCUCAGGUUGCAAUUCUACGUAAUAAUGACCAGUCAGCGGGAGCUGUUUCCUCGUUUGACCGCGGAUAUGCGUCGCUUUAAAAAGCUUCCUCAGAUCUAUCGUGACCCCGGUGACCUCAGCAGCCGUACCCCUCUGGAGCGGAUGGAUUCUGGUAGCGUCGGGGCACAGGAAACAGAACUGGACCUCUGGGAGGAGACCACGGCCCCCGUGUCCCCAGCGACCAGCCCAGAAUCUGACCCCUUGGUGACCACCAGAGAAACCGCCGACUCUCAGGGGCUGUUCUACUUGUCUCCUGUCUUCCCCCUUCUUAACUCUGAAGUGCUGUCGGCACGCCGGCAGAUCCAGAGCAGCGUGGAGCAGGCCAUGGGUCACUGUCGCAGGGAUAACCUCUGGAGGAUGCUGUUUCAUGGAGAGCAUUUGGCUCUGGACAAACUCAAACUAAGCAAGCUGGCCUUCGGUGAACUAGAAGAGCUAUUGAAUGCUGUGCAGAGCAGAUCAGUGGCUGAAAUAGACCCACAGCUGGACUGUUUCCUGAACAUGAGUCCUGCCUGGUAUCAGAGUCUCAUUAAAGUUCUACUGUCACGAUUCCCACAGAACUGCAGGCAUUUUAAGGAUGACGGUGGUAUUCAGUACCUGGCUGUGCUGAACCAGAAGUUCACUGACUGUUUUGUGCUUGUGUUCCUGGAUGCCCAGGCUGGAAAAACUAGUCUGAAGAUUGUUUUCAGGGAGCCGUUAUCAGCACAGACUCAGUCGAGCAGUAGUCCACCACCACAGCUGGUCUCCAUGUACCACCAUCUGGAGUCUGUCAUCAACACAGCGUGCUAUAACCUCUGGACCGGUCUGCUGUAAACAUGCACUGAACAUCCCGAUAUUCUUUGUUUCAGUAGAAAUCUACCUGCGGACUGUGACUCUGUGUGAACGAAAGGUUAAGAGAGUCCCAAGUUGAAGGUUAAAAGAGUCCCAAGUUGAAAUAACUGAACAUAGGUUGUGCUGAUUUCUUCUAAGAUUCAGCUUUGAGCUGCCUCCCAGUCACAGACUAAAACUUAACGUGUCUUGUGUGAAAAGCGUGUUGCAUAGGUCAGGGAGCUUCCAUUUAGGCAAUUAAAAAGCCCACAUUUUGCACAGUAGAACAGCUAAAUGGGCUGCCCUGUUAAUUUGAGAGGGCGAUUAGCCGGUGGGUGCAAAUUGGCACGUAAAAUUCCGCUGGUUUGCCAAAGCCAUACUCUCCUUCUGUAUUUCUGUUCAUUUGAGUGUUUUAUUUUUAUUUAUUAUUUUCUUUUUCAUCUCAGUUGCUGAUAAAAAAAUUGGGUCGUGAUUCUAUAGACAGUUUUUGUGUUAGGUCUCGCUUUGAGUCCAGUUUGAAGUUCUGAUCCGAUUACGUCUGGUGAAGUUCGAGAAAUCACAUCAGUUUUGUUCCUGUUGGCAGGAUGGGUAGUUGAUUUUUCACCCAAUUGUGCUACGUAAUUGUGGCCUUAUGGCCAUUUCUUCAUACAAUAAGUGCCUUUAUUUUCCUAAACUGGAUCGAGUGUGUUGUUUUGACCUUGCAGGAAGAUCUGUACAGUCGACUCUUUUCCAUGGACAAAAGUCACUUAAAUGGAAGAUUCUGAUGGAAGAUCAGUAUGGAGUAACAAUUUGGCCUACUCUUAAACACACAAAAAUACAAAUCAGCAUACACUGCAACAGUUGUUUUCUCUUGUAUUUUUGACAUGUUUUCCAGUAAAAAUUUCAAAACAUCCUUAAAAUUUACACGAGAAAAAACUUUCAAAGAAUAUAUCUGGAAUUAUUUCUAUUUCCCCACUGGAAAAUAUAUUAUAUAUAUAUAUAUAUAUAUAUAUUUUGCACAAACCUCACUAAAUUUAGUUAGUUUUUGGCUUAAAACAAGAAUAAACAAUUUGCCAAUGGGAUUAGAAUAACUUAUUCUAUAAUAUAAUAACUUAUAUUAUUAUCAAUAAAUAUUUAUAUUAACUUAUUCUUGGAAAACAAAACUUUUACACAAAUGUACUUAAGUAAAUGUAUCUUUUUACUGGAAAACAAGACAUGAUACUAAUUAAAAAAAUUGGCAUUGUACAACUACUAAGCCACCUAACUUCAAUGACAGCACUGAAGUGCUCAAUGUGCAAAGAUCACAGAAAACUAUUGACUGACACAUUUCCCAUGUGUCAGGCUGUUUUUAGCUCCUGUAUUGAAUGUAUUUUAAUGGAUUGUUUGUUUUAGGCACACUCUUCAUAAUGGAUAGCCAUUGGUGUAUGAAUGUUUGGGAGAAAAUUAAUUAGCAAUUCAAUUGUCUGAAACUGUUGUAAUAUGUACAUUAUGUAUAUACGGACAGAUUUGUAAGAAAACUGCUCAAUAAAUCUUAAGUUAAAAUGUUUCAAGUGUUGAAGUCUGCGAUGCUUUGAAAACAAAAAAACAUGCACAACUGAUAGAUUGAUAACUGUUGGAAAUGGAAGUCUGUAAUUCAAUUGUAAACCUGAGAAAAUUCAAGAUUUUGUCAUUUUUAGGUGCCUAAUAGAGGCCACCAGUCUGGCUCCAGAAGUAAAAAUCUAAUU